UGGCAGAUUAUUGAACUAGCAAGUAAGCAGAAGGCUGUGUUUGACAGUUUGAAGGCAGGUAAUGAUGCAGUUAAAGCCAUACAGAGUGAGAUAAACAUUGAUGAUGUUCAGAAGCUUAUGGAUGAUACUGCUGAAGCAAAGGCUUAUCAAGAUCUUAUGGUUCAAGACCUUCCUGAAGUUCCUACCACAGAGCCUGAAGGCAUCAAGGAGGAAUUGGACCUUCCUGAUGUCCCAACCAAAACACCUGUUGCACCUGCAAAUGAUGCUGCAGUUUCUGCAAAAGCAAAAGUUUAUGGAGGAACCACUUCCAGCUUAAAGUGCGUGGCGGCUGGAUGA